ACUAUCUCCUUCCUCCCCCACACUCAAAUUAUUGAGAGAAGUGAAAAACUGAGGAGAGGGGAAGACAAAAACAAUCUCACUUUGUCUCUUUUUCUCUCUCUCUCACUCAUAGAAAAAGAAAGUGGUAGAAAGAUGCCGAGACCAGGGCCAAGACCGUACGACUGUAUCAGAAGAGCUUGGCAUAGUGACAGACACCAACCCAUGAGGGGUUUGCUCAUCCAAGAGAUUUUCAGGAUUGUUUGUGAGAUUCACAGUCAAUCCACCAAGAAGAACACAGAAUGGCAAGAGAAGCUCCCUGUGGUUGUCUUGAGAGCUGAAGAAAUCAUGUAUUCCAAAGCCAAUUCUGAGGCUGAGUAUAUGGACCUGAAGACCCUUUUAGACCGUACAAACGAAGCCAUCAACACCAUCAUACGGCUUGAUGAGACCACCGAAACUGGGGAAUAUCUUCAGCCUUGUAUAGAAGCUGCAUUGCAUUUGGGGUGCACGCCAAGGAAAACUCCAAGGAGCCAACGGAACAUUAACCCGAGAUGUUAUCUUAGCCAAGACUCAACUAACUUGAACAACAUUUUGUCCCAAGUAUUCAUGAAACCGAACCAAUUUGUUCCAAAGAAUCUUGUUGCAGUAGCACAAGAGAAGCGGGUCGAGAAAUGUCAUGUUUCCAAGUACUCAGCCUACCCUUUAUGUUAUACAUUCCGGCAAAUCCCUGACUCGUGCAAGUCCAAGAACAGCAGACCAGCGAGUGUCAAAGAUGCAACAAGUGGCAUUACCUUUGGUGGGUGUGAAUGUGAUCUAUCUCUGCGCUUAGGUCCUAGUAAGCCUACUCAAAAACGAAGUAAGAUCAGCAACAACAACAGCUGAAAAGGAGGGCAAAGAUUGAGUUUUGUUUAGCGAGUCUUGUGUCGGAAGGAAUGUGUACGCUUUAGUUAGGUCGUUUAGUCUCCACUCUAGGUCCUAGGUGUUUGUAAGUUGUAACCAUGUAAAUAGAGAGAUGAAGUAAACAAAAACAGUCGAUGAAGUCUUCUUCUUCUUCUCCUUUCACCUACAUCAGUCUCGAAUCGCCAGACAGGCUUCAUGAUGUACUUUUUGUUGAAGCAUAAUCAAAUCUCGUAUCACAACAUAUUUGCAUAA